CAAAUACCAAGAAAGUGUCUCAGCCCAGCUUCUGACCACAACAACUGACGCCCGCCUAACUUUCUAUCUCCAUCUCCGGCAUUACAUAUCUCCUCUGUCUCUCGACCGACCACCAUCUGUCCGCCAGCUUCCCUACCCUACCAGCACACCCCCGUCUCCCGUCCGUUUCUCAUCUAUCAGCUUCACUCGUUUCAUUCAUGUUCCCUUGCUGCCUGGAUAACUAUAUUGCUGGUUGGUAACACAUGGUUUUGUCCUAUCAUCGUCACUCAGAAACUCCUCCAUCAGACUCCCCUCCCCUCCUUUUCCUCGCCUCUCCUGUCCUUGAGCCCGCAGAAUUGUUCAACAACGGAUCUAGAAGCCUCUUUUGCGCCUCCUGUUACCGACCUUUGCAUCUUCGUGUUUGGCACACUGAACUCGAGUCCAACAGCGGAACACGGCUGAAAACUCCAUCUACUCUUAGAACCUCAAUAACCCUUUCGCAGAUGUCCACCUGAACAUCACUUUCAAGCGCUACACCCGCCCUCGUCUGCUCCCUGGACGACCGGCACCUCUGAUAUCAUCUCAGACCUUCGUUCCGCGUUAAAUUCUUCGUCGUUUUAACGAUGAAACUUUUUCCGUCCGUGUCGUCGGCUUUGGCAAGUCAAUCAUGCACGACCUUCCUAUUAUUUACAUUGCUAGGGGCCCAGGUGGCUCAGGCUCAGACACCAAUUCCUUUGGACAUUAAAGACCCAGCUUCGAUCAAGAAUGCGGCGAAAACGGUUGCAGAGAAAAUGGUUUCCUAUUACACUGGUUGGAGACCAGGAGACGUGCCUGGUAAUUUGCCCGACCCAUACUACUGGUGGCAGGCCGGCGCCAUGUUCGGCGGCUUGGUUGAUUACUGGUACUAUACCGACGACGACCAGUUCAACGAUAUUACAAUGCAGGCAAUACUUCAUCAAGUUGGGAGAAAUAAAGACUUCCAGCCUGCUAACCAGUCCCAGACCUCGGGAAACGACGAUCAGGGGUUUUGGGGCAUAACUGCUAUGGGUGCCGCGGAGGCGAAAUUUCCGAAUCCCCCCCCCGACCAACCGCAAUGGCUUGCUUUGGCUCAAGCAGUUUUCCAUACACAAGCAGAGCGGUGGCACAAUGAGACCUGUAAUGGCGGCCUGAAGUGGUCCAUUAACACCUGGGGAACUGGCUGGCAUUACAAAAAUACCAUUUCAAAUGGAUGCUUCUUCAAUCUUGCUGCUCGACUUGCGCGGUACACAGGGAAUGAGACGUACUUCAGGUGGGCAGAAUCAUCCUGGAAUUGGGUGAGUGGCGUUGGACUCAUUAGCCCAAAGUACGAAUACUUCGAUGGCGUAGACGAUGAUAACAAUGUAAACUGCACCAAACGCAAUCCCAUCCCUUGGACUUACAACGCCGGUGUCUACAUGUCCGGAAUUGCCGCUAUGUACAACAUGACAACCGGCGAGGAACAGACGGCCUGGAAAGAGCGCCUUGAAGGAACUAUCAAGCAAACAGAAACUACUUUCUUCCCGGAACGCAAGGGUCGAAUCAUGACUGAAGUCGUCUGCGAGGACGCUCGGGAAGAUAAGUUGUGUGAUACCGACCAGCGGUCGUUCAGAGCUUACCUUUCCCGCUGGAUGGGUCAGACCAUCAAGCUUGCCCCAUUCUCAAAACCCCUGAUCGCGCCAAUGCUGGAGCGGUCCGCUGAAGCUGCCGCGAAGCAGUGCAGCGGGCCUGACCAUGUGUGUGGCUUGCGCUGGUCGCGGCUCGCCGAGUGGGAUGGUUUAAACGGCGUGGGCGAACAAAUGUCAGCGCUGGAGGUUAUCCAAAAUAACUUGUAUGAUCUUGUUUCCGGCCCCGCGGACGAGAACACCGGUAUCAGCAAGGGUGACCCCAAUGCGGGAAGACGUGAUCAUGAUGUACCCAUUGAAUUCUCUGAAAUUACAACUGGCGAUAAAGUUGGUGCUGGCUUUGUGACGUCGAUAAUCUUGUUGGGCAUUCUUGGCGGUGCGUGGUGGUUGAUUGCCUAAACCAGGACGGAAAUAGUUGGGCGUAUGGCGGAAUCAGCGGCGUGUUAAUUGAAUAUUGAAGGAUCAAGCAAAGGUAGAGAGAGAAAUCCAGAAGCUUCGCUCAAGACUCCUUAGUAUUUUCUGUCGCUUCUUGCCACCGCAACGCCAUUCCUAUUUCUGAUAGCGACAUCUCUUCCUUUCCGGGUGAGAAGGUGGACGAAGACGAGUUACCCCAAUGAAGCAGUCACUUUUUCUCCAUCUUCCUCUAUUGUUGUCAUGUUGGAAUUGACCUUUCAACGUUGCGUUUUCUCCCCCCCCCCCUCCCUUUUCUUUUUUUUUUCGUUUUUUAUAUAUUUUAUUUUUUACUCUCUUGCGAAUCGAGUGGGAACUGGGCGUCAUAUCAGGGUAUUUUUCUUAUCGAUUUCUCUUUUUCCAAUUGCUUAACUUCACACACAACCUCUAUUCAUUUAUUUAUCUAUUAUUCUAUAUUUAUUUUUAUAUCCCUGCGUCAUAUGUCGUUUUUCACCAUCUAAUCCCACUUCCCAUUCCUCGCAAAUGUCCUCGUCACUUGAUUCCCUUCUUGUCCUUGCAUUCCUUUUCUUUUUUUUCUCUACCCUCACCCCCUCUUCCUUUUCUCCUUUCUCUGUAACUUAUCCUGGUUUGGGCCCACAUGGGUUAUUUUGUAACGCUACCCGUCGCAUUUUCAUACAAGAUUUUCUAUCUUUUUUUUUUU